AUGAGAGCACCAAGACCAACAUGCCAUGGGAGCUCUCAGGGCAGCUGGUUGACGCCUUACUCGCCUUUGCUCGCCGUGUCAACACAGCCCCGACGAUCGAGAUUCUGGCACACGCAGAUUGAGAUGACGCAGACCUCCCGAGAGGUCCUCAACACCAAAAGCAACACUAAUCGACUGUUGGAGGCGCUCUGCGCGCCAACACCCCAAGGCACACGGCCAUUGAAAAACUCUGCCAGCUUCAGUCACAUGAUCUCAUCCUCGAGCUCAACGUCGUGGGUGCAAGGAUGGAAUCAGAAGCUGCCGUCGCAGCUAUCCUCCGUCCCGAGCAACUCACUGAGCUCCGGAAGCACACCGUUGACCCCCUUUCCAGCGCAGGAGGACCUAGAGGUCUAUCUGGAGCGCACCAACACCGAGAUCAUCAACCCAUUACGACGACACCCUGAUAAGAUUGUUAACAAAGCUAACCUCGCUAUCCAGUCCACCCAGGAUACGACCAUCGCUCACCGCAAGUUCGCUGCAGUCCGGCUUAUCAGAAAGCCCGAUUGGAUUAAGGCCUUCGGAGAUGACACCUGCAUCAAAAGACGCAUCUGGGGCGUCGUCGUACGCGGCGUCCACUGCAGCGUUGACCCCAAAGACCCUCAAUUCAAAGUCUUCCUCAAAUCCGACAACGCGCCGAUUCUCCAGAGCCAGGGCAUGCCCCCGAUGAACAUCACGUGCAUGGGAUGGCUCCUUGGGGACAAGAAGAUCAAAGAAUAA